GUCCUCAUUGUCUCCUGCUGUGUAUGUGAUCAACUGGAGGGAGGUGCUCAGCUGGGAACAGAGAGAGAGAGACAGAGCUCUGAGGACACACACAACACGAGAGAAAUGGAAGUCUGACCAGAGCUGGAAUAGGGUAUUUUGUGCUGUAAGUGCUAGACACAGGAAUUGCAGGUCUCGAGGGCUCCCGUGGCACAUCAGUCUUAGCUGGGUUGAGCUGGGCUGGUAGUCCAAUCUCUCCCUUUUAUGCUCAUGAGCAUGACAGAGGUAGAGUGAGAAAAAACAUAUUUAGAGAAGGACAACAGCGUGUCUAAUCACAUACUGUACUGGGACAGCCAACAGGGUGGUGUUUUAUGUGAGGGGUUGACUUUUGGCUUGACCCACUCAUGAUGGGAUCUUCUGUGGAGUUAGUCUGUGCACUGCUAGUGAUUUAUACUCUGGGAAAGAACCAUUUGGUGUCUGGUGGUUGUUCUGGAAAAUGCUGCCGGGGCAGAGACAUGAGCUGUUUCACCACCGACUGGAGGAUGGACCGGGUCUAUGGGACAUGCUACUGUGACGAGAGCUGCAUCAGGACCAAGGACUGCUGCUUCGAUUACUUCACAGUUUGCCCAGGUCAGGACUGUGCCAUGAAUGACUGGAGCUUUUGGAGCGGCUGCACCAAGUUCUGCCAGCCUUCAGUCCGAGUCCGAGUUCGUCGCAUAGAGCAGGAGCCCACUAACAGUGGUGAACCCUGUCCUAGCUUGGAGGAGAAUGCUGGCUGCAUGGAGUACAGGGACCACCAGGGCAACCACUGUGGACUCGACUCAGGCCCCGCAUUCAUCACCAGUGUGGAGUUUGGCAAGGCCAGGCCCAAGCAUGACAGUUAUGGAAACCCUCUGGACCCUGGUUUCUGUGUGGAAUUUACACUGGAGUCCAGGACUCCCCACUGUACAGUGGAGAACAGGCCACACACACUUUGGAUGCGUUACAUAGCAGAAGGCUUUAAAGUGUGUGUCACAUGUGAACCUCCAGCUAUUCGAAACAACAGCAGAAGCUGCCAAGGAGAUGGUCAGGAAUCAAGCAAAGAAGCUUUGCUCCACUGGCAGGCAGUGGGAAACCCUCAGUGCCGUGGGACAUGGAAGAAGAUUCAGAAAACUCAGCAGUGCAGCUGUCCACCACAACACAGCUUUGUCUUCAUCUGAUUCAGACAAAACACCACUAAACGGUGCUGGAACCUGGUUUCUACAGUGCCCUAGUGAGUGGAAUGGAAAUAAUGAGAUUCCCCAAAAUGCUGAUAAUUUGAUAAAUAAAACAAAUGCUAUGAAUUUCCAAAGCAAAACAGAGAAAAUGAUGCCUGUAGUAUCUGGAUUUCAGUUAGGCUACAGGAGCCUGGAAGACAGUGAGAAAAGGGGCAGAGGUGAGAGUCAGUGGGUGACUUAGCAUGGCAUCCCUUAACACACUUUGAGCACCUAUCACAGUAGAGUUUGUAUAUUUGUAUUGCAAAAAACCACUGUUGUAUUCAUUCUUGUAACAAUUUUGUCAAAGAAUAUUUUACUUCAAAGUUUAAAAUGGCAGUAUUUCAUGUUUUUGAAUGUAUUAUGCAUUUAUUAAUUUACCCCACCACCCCCCACCCACCACCACCACCACCACAUUCACCACCACAUUCACCACUUAUUGUUCUAUGUUGACCGCCCUCUGGUGGUAUAUUCAUUUAAAUUCAACCCAAACCAUAGAUAGCAGUGAUGCUUGCUCACAUUAACUCAAAAUAAAACAUUAGACACCUUUAUACAUUUGGCAUUAUAUCAUGUAAAAAGGAGCAGUAGAGCAGUAAAACAAUUCUUUUCCUUUCAUUUGUUUGGACAGUCUCUUAGCUUUUGUUCAUUGUCAAAAAUACAGUAUGUUUUAAAUAUAGUGUUGGUAAAUGUAGUUCUACAUUUUAAGAAAACAAUGAAAAGCUAUCUUACAUCUGAUAAUAUCAAAAUACAUGU